UGUCGCGCAGGCGCCCUUCCGCCCUUGGCGGCUGCAGGCCACCUGUAUAAGAGGAGUGCGCUGGGGUUUGAAAACAAGUAUGGAAGUGUCCGAGGUCUCCGGAGGUUGCGGGCGCUCGGUGGGGAAGCGGCUCAUCGGUGCCCCGGGCUGCUAAGCUCCCACUGCCUGCCUUCCCGCAGCGCGGCCGCAGGGCCAUGCUGGCUUCGCGCGUGGCGCGGGGCCCGUGGGGUGCCCUGCGCUGGGCCACAUGGGCGUGCGGGGCGCGACCGGGCAAGGGGCGCGCCCUCGGGGCCCUGCUGCCGCCCGCACCCAUCUGCCUGGGCUGCCUGGCGGAGCGCUGUUGGCUGCGCCCGGCCGCGCUCGGCCUGGGGCUGCCUGGGGCCGGCCCGCGGGGCCACUGCUCAGGCGCGAGGAAGGCGACCCCGGAGCCCCCAGCCGGAGAGGGCGCCGCCGCGGAGGCCCCGGGCGGCCCGUGGAGCCCAGCGAAUGCCACCAGCAUGUAUGAAAACCCAUGGACAAUACCAAAUAUGUUGUCAAUGACGAGAAUUGGCUUGGCUCCAGUUUUGGGCUAUUUGAUCAUUGAAGAAGAUUUUAAUGUGGCACUAGGAGUUUUUGCUUUAGCUGGGCUAACUGAUUUGUUGGAUGGAUUUAUUGCUCGAAACUGGGCCAGUCAAAAAUCAGCUUUGGGAAGUGCUCUUGAUCCACUUGCUGAUAAAAUACUUAUCAGUAUCUUAUAUGUUAGCUUGACCUAUGCAGAUCUUAUUCCAGUUCCACUUACUUAUAUGAUAAUUUCAAGAGAUAUAAUGUUGAUUGUUGCUGUUUUUUAUGUCAGAUAUCGAACUCUUCCAGAACCGCGAACACUUUCUAAGUAUUUCAAUCCUUGCUAUGCUACUGCUAGGUUAAAACCAACCUUCAUCAGCAAGGUAAACACAGCAGUCCAGUUAAUCUUGGUAGCAGCUUCUUUGGGAGCUCCGGUUUUCAAUUAUGCUCACGGCUUUUAUCUUCCGAUACUCUGCCUAUUGGCCCCAAACUGCCCUCCCUGCCACCCUGAUCGCUCACAACUGCCCUCCCCUGCCGGCCAUCUUGUGACAAUGGGAGGGUGGCGAUCUUGUGGCAGCCAUCUUGUGAUGAUGUCACGCAAGGGCGUGACGCCACCUAGGCUUUUAUUAUAUAGGAUAUGUGUUUUACAGCUUUCACCACAGUUGCAUCAGCGUACAGUUAUUAUCGUUACGGUCGGAAGACUGUCCAGGUGAUCAAUGGCAGAUGAAGGUCAUCCGCCAUCAUUAGCAAGGAAGCAAUACACAUCACUGGCAGCAGGGCCAGUGGGAACGUACAGGAGUCUCCCUGCUCUGAAAAAGGACUUGUCAGAUCAAACCACGUCAUCAGUAUUGAAUUUGCAUUGAAAAUAAGCUUGAUCAUGGGCAUAUGCAGAAUUUCCAAUGUAUUUUUAAAUACAAAUAAAACUAUCAUUUAGAAUUUUUUACCUUAGGUUUCUUGAUUAACUUAUAAGGAGUCAAUUCCAAUUAUUGUCAUUUUUUAAUAUUUUUUUUAAAAAAGUAGUGUCCAGAGCAUGGAAACUGGAGAAUUGCCACUUCUCUUUAAUAGAACUUAGAUUGCUCACAAUGCAUUGGGGAAUUUCCUAGGUUUAAAUAUAUGUAGCCUACACAAGGCUAUACAACUUUAAGUUUAAUUUGAUCAGUAUAUUAACAGUUAAUGUGGUUAAUAGUUGAUCAUUUAGGCUAAUGACAAUAAAGGUACCUUAGUUGUAGAUGAAGUAAACUUGUAAAGAGAUUAUAAAGAUCAAAAUAGAAGGUAUUGAAGUUCAUGUUCAGUAGUCUUCCAACCUCUCAGGUGCCUAAUAGUUUAUCAGGAUAACAAGUAACAGAUGUAGUUGGAAUAAUAAAACAUAUCCAUGAGCCUACACCCUCCAAGAGGCAGUGAAUUAUAGCAUGCCUUCCCACUGUAUUUCUAACAUGGCAGUGUUUGUAUGAUAUUGAAAUCUGUACUCAUAUGUAUAUAAUAUAAAACUGUAUUUUUUAAAGUUUGGGAAAUAUUCUUUUGUUAAGAUGUUAAAAGAAUAAAAAAGCUGGAAAACAGUA